AUGGUUAUAAAUAAGAGGAGUUUGUUUUUCUUUUUAAUUACUUGUAUAUUUAGCUUGUUUAUAUGUAUACAAACUGUUGAUAUUGGGAAUAUUAAGAAUGAAUUUAAAGAAUUUGAUCUAAAUGGUGACAAUUUAAUCGAUGCUCAAGAAAUUCGUACAAUGCGUGUUUCAGUAACUUUACAAGAGUUGCAAGGAUUUUUUUGGGAAGUAGAUGUAGAUAGUUCUGGAACAGUAACUUUCCAAGAAUAUAUGGACUUUGCAGUAAACAAUUUAUCAUAUUCUUCACAAUAA